AUGCCUCGUGCAUCAGGCCCUGGCAAGCGACAAUCCGGCGGCGGUCAUCGCGACACCAAACAUGACAAUGGCGUUUUAGCCUCCGCUAAACGCGGCUCCGGCAGAAAGAGCCAGUCCGCCGCUAGUGCGCCACCUACUGCGAAGGCGCACGACAACUCUGCUGCUCUGCCAACCACUUCGCUCCUGCUUCACAACGGUCACGCCAACGGCGCUGCUUCUGCAUCCCUCGAUGGAACUGUUGAGUCGGCCCUCGAUGCCUCCGUCGACGCCCUCGUCGCCGACGACAAGCCCUCCGCUCACCCCGCGAGGCCUCCCUCGCUAGGUGACGAAUCCGAGUCGUCGUCCGAUCUCUUCCACAACGCCGCCACCCACGUUUCUAACGCUCAUCCUAACCCUUCUCUCGUUGAAGGCUCCCUCCGACAGAUCGAUGUGAAUUGUCUGAAGAAUCACGAGGUUCAUCGCGACUCUGGCAUCCUCGACAUGGCAUCCACCGUUCUCCGGGCUAUGCCCAUGCAAGACACUCUUGCAAUCCUCAUCUUACUCAUGCACGUCCCGACCAUUUCCCUCCUUGUCAUUUACGGCGUCUUUGCCUGCAUCACCUUUGUCCCUCCAGUCAGGACAAACUCGGGCAUGAACCUCAACCUCGCCGAAAUCUUUGACGGAAACUCCACCACCCCGUCGCUCUUCACUGUCGCCUGUAUGGACUUUUUCUUCUUGCUCAUAUGGCUCUUUCUCUGGGCUCCCAUCCAGGACGCAGUCCUCGACCUUGCCAAGCCCGUCAUUGCCAUUACCCUUGGCGGCGCCACUCGUAAUGAUCCCUCCUUUCGAGGUAUCCGCACCGGCUUUACCUGGGUCUUCAUGUAUCACAUAAUACGCGGAACCCAGUCUCAAUGGGGCCAUCUUGUUCCCAACAUGCCCGAUGCUUGGAAAAAGGUUCUCUCCGAAGAAACUCCAAUAGGUUACUAUAGCAAGCUCUACGACAAAUCGAGCCCCUACGCCUGGGUCCGAAGUGUCUUGGCCAUACACAUAUUGACCCAAAGCAUUAUCCGAUACAUACGAGAAUGGUUAAUGCGCCGUGAAAAGGGCGACUCCAAUCCAUCCAAUCUGAAUGAUCUCGAAUCCGCGAAACAGCACUCCAGCCAUCUUGCACCGCCAGACGCCACAAAUGACGCCGCCGCCCACGCAAACGAAACGGACGCUGCAAUAUCUACGCCUACCCUGCCGCCGCUGCCACCCACGCCGCAGCUGUCCACCGCCAAAAAGAGAAGAAAACAGAGCGCCCAGGUGCGCCUUAAGCAGCCACUCUGGGCUGCCCUUGCCAGCACUAAGAUUGUCGUCGUCAAGGAAUAUGAGCUUUCACACGCGCCAUCCGAGUCGGCUGGCGCUAAUGCGACUGACAUUCACAACCUGGGCAAUGCUCCUUUUGACCGCCAACCCAGGCAGAUUUGGAUUUCCUAUAUCGGUAGCGACGAAGUUUGCUUUAACACAAGCUAUUUUGCUCAUGCUGAAUUUGAUCCGCUUACCUCCUCGGAGCCGACAUCAGACGCGACCACACGCCCAGCCGGAAUCGACACCACCAAGCCGUUCUAUGUCAAGGUGAACAACGCCUAUUGGCAGCCCACGCGCAUGCACUCUGUCAAGGAACCCGACGACGAGCCGAGCGAGGCGUCACGCUGGACCGGAGACAUUUACGGUCUGCGCCCGGCAUCCAAGUACGUUUGUGAGUUUAUCGACAGCCGCACCGACAAGGUCAUUUUUACCGCCAACAUUCGCACCGUUAAGGAAGCGCUGCGAUCCAAGGACGGCUCCUCGCCCAUGGUUUCUGACGGGCCGCAGUCGCUGCGCCCUGACUCGCCCGAAACAACCCUCAAAACAUCCAUUGACGCCGCGAAGGAAAAGCUUGCCCAGGAAAAGACUCGCCUGAAUAAAUUUCGCAAGGAUUGCAAGAUUCGCAUCAACGCACUCAAAAAGGAAAAUGAAGCCACGGACAACCAGCUAGCCACGGCCGGAAACAGUGACGAGAAGCAUCGCCAAAAAAUCCGCCAGCAGGAAACUCAGCGCACUCAGGCAGAGCGUGAUACCGAGCAGGUUGCGGAUAAGGUCAAGCGCUACGAUUCGUCUCCGGAACUCGCGGAAAAUAAGAAGAAGGUUGAGCGCACCUUUUCGACUGAAAAGAAGACGUUUGAUGCUGCGCAAAAGGCGUUUCUCAAGCACCGGUCCGAGCUGGAAAGUGAAGUCAAGGCGAAGGAGGUGGAGCGAUCGAACCUCAACACGCGCCGAAACAAGAUUGCCACUCGCAUUGCCAAGGUGGACAAUGAGCUCGUCAACCUCACCGACGCCAACAGCCGAGGACUCAACGAGGCUGAGCGCCGUAGGAAGGAGCGCAAUACCCGCCUAGAGAACAUUGCCGCUAUUCAGCAAAACUACGAGGAGCGCAUUGAAAAGGUUCACACCGAGAACAAUGCCCGCGUUGAACAGGUCCUCAAUCUGCAAGUGCAGCUUGAAACUCUUCAACCGACGAUGCAUGCUGGUAAUGGCGUGAUGAUGAAUGGCCUCGACACUGGCAUGACACCGUUACCGCCGCCGCAGUCGGUCCCAUGGAACCCGAAUGCUGGGCAAGUUGGCUUCACUGGUGGCCUUUGGCCCGGCACGUCGGCCGACAUGCAGCCCUCUCUGUCUGGUCCUGCGCUCGCUCCGACCACGAUGGUGUGGCAGGGUCCGUUGACGAUGACAGCCAACGAGAAUGUCGCGGCGAGAAUGCGCAGCUCUAGUAUGCUAAGCGACGUCAGCGGUUUCACCGGCUCCAGCGACGGCAGUCCCCGGACGUCUCCAUUCUUUCAGUACCAGCCGUCGAUGGGAAAAGCUGCCCGCGGUCACCGCCUCAUGGGUGCCAACCGGAGCAAUGGAAGCAGCGGCAGUGGCGGAGAUGGCAGUCCGGUCUGA